CUAUAACUGUAAUGAGAAGUCGCUACUAUAUCAACAAUAUCACGAGCAAGUAUCUGCCUAUAUUUUAAUUUAAUUGAUAAGGCAGAGAGGGCAAGGACGCGGACGUGAUAUGUGCAUGUUCAGUCAGAACGGGCGGCAUGAGCGUGAAUACUAGUGGUAUUGGUGGUAUUAAGUCUUAUGAUAGGAUUAAGCGUUAUUAAUUAGAUUUUUAAUUUAUCGCAAGACAAUUAGAUUAGAUAGUAAUUUUUCAGUAUAGAAACUUUUAACGUUACGGCAGAAGUUGCACCGACAGUGCAUCCGACAGUUUAUCAGCAUGCCGUUGCGAAAGAUGACAUCUUUCGGCUUGCUGCUAGCGCUGGUGGGGGCGCGGCUAACGUGCGCCGACCUUUACCACCCCGACAGAGAGGCUCCUCGUGCCGCAGUAACACUUAAUUCUAAUCCAGCGGAGAUGACCGCGAACUACUGGAUGGAUGAGGCGCAGGCCGCGAUACGGGCGAGGAAAGCUCGCUUACGGGACGCCGCCGCAGAACACACCGCGCGUAACGUCGUCAUGUUCCUCGGCGACGGCAUGUCCGUCACUACGCUGGCGGCGGCGCGCACGCUGCUCGGUCAGCGCCAGGGCCGCACCGGGGAGGAGUCUCAACUCGCAUUUGAAACAUUUCCUACCGUUGGCUUGACUAAAACUUAUUGCGUGGACACACAAAUUGCAGACUCCGCGUGCUCAGCGACAGCGUAUCUAUGUGGCGCCAAGGCCAACCGUGGCACAUUGGGUCUGACGGCGGCCGUGCCGCGGCGGGACUGCGCCGCCGCUUCUGAGCCCUCAGCGCAUCUCGACUCUAUCGCCGCCUGGGCACUCGCCGAUGGACGAGACGCAGGAAUAGUGACGACGACAAGAGUGACGCACGCGUCUCCAGCGGCGACGUACGCCCGAGCCGCGAACCGCAACUGGGAAAACGAUGGAAGCGUACGGAGUAAUAAUCAGGAUCCGAAUAUCUGUAGAGACAUUGCCCACCAACUUGUUCAUUCUUAUCCUGGAAAUCAAUUCAAGGUAAUUUUAGGCGGCGGUAGACGUGAAUUUAUACCUACUUCAAGUAUUGACGAAGAAGGAACCCCCGGUCGUAGAACUGAUGGACGUAAUCUCAUUGAAGAAUGGCAAAUAGAUAAAAUAUCACGCAAUGUAACGUAUCAAUAUGUGUGGAAUCGUAGCCAGCUGGCGAGCGCCGCGCGGAACAUUCCUGACUAUCUUUUAGGACUCUUCGAGGGGAGCCAUUUGCAGUACAAUAUGCAAGCCGAUGCGGCCUCGGAGCCAACGCUCAGUGAACUGACCGAGGUGGCAAUUCGUUCGCUCAGCCGCAACGAAAAAGGGUUCUUCCUGUUCGUGGAGGGUGGGCGCAUCGACCACGCGCACCAUGCAAAUCGGCCGCAGUUGGCGCUAGAUGAGACGCUAGAGAUGAGCGCAGCCGUGGCUCGCGCCGCCGAGCUGCUUUCCGACGACGACUCCUUGAUCGUCGUGACGGCAGACCACGCUCACGUCAUGACACUCAACGGGUACUCGCCGCGCGGCACCGACAUCCUCGGGCCCUCCAACGACCGUGACGAGGCGGGCGUGCCCUACAUGACGCUCUCGUAUUCCAAUGGACCCGGUUUUCGCUCGCACCAUAAUGUCACCAGACCUGAUGUGACGACAGAAUCCAAUUUUAGAGCGUUAUCUUGGAGGUCUCACGUGGACGUACCGCUCGCGUCGGAGACGCACGGCGGCGAGGACGUGGCGGUGUUUGCGCGCGGGCCGCAGCACGCCAUGUUCGCGGGCCUGUAUGAGCAGAGCCAGCUGCCGCACCUGAUGGCCUACGCCGCCUGCAUCGGCCCCGGCCUGCACGCCUGCAGCGCCGCCGCCCUUUGCUCCAUUUCAAUGCCUUUGUUAACCAUAACAUUUCUUCUUCUUUAUAAAUUAUUAGCUGUGCCCGCGACUUCGUUUUAAAUACUGUCUUUGGGUAGCAUUUUAUUUAGUUGGGCUACAUAUUUUACCAACACUUACAAUACAUAACGAUAAAACAUAUUAAAGUCACAAAAAAAAUUUACAUAAACCUCAUAUAUAUGUACAUAAUCAUCUCCU